AUGGGGUCCGGGCAGCGUCCUGAACGCAGUGGCGAUGCCGGGGGAGCCGCUGAUGCUUCGAGCUCAGACUUGCCCCGCCGGACCUCGGCCUUCGGGGGAGCAGGGGCUGCGGAGAGCAGACCCCCCAGCCUGGCUGCUGCGGGCCUGCCUCACCCGGGGAAGAUGCGCAGCCCCUCGGUCGGAACCGAGGACGUGGCCCGGAGGAGGGUGUCGCCUCCACACGCGGACCUGGCGCGGAGCCUGCGGACGGAAAGGGACAAGCCCAUCAUUCGGAAGCCCAGGUGGGUGACGGAUGUCACCAGCAUGCCACAGUACAACAGACUGAUCCUAGGGACUGGGAGUCAAGGCAUUUUCAUCUGUAAAGGAAAGAACUUGCUGCUGACAGGUGGAAUGGAUCAAAUAAUUAGAGUCUAGGAUCCUUAUCUGCCUGGAAAACCAACAGGUAUGCUGAAAAGCCACACGGCUCCAGUGAUCUGCAUCCAUGUGUCUGCUGAGGAUAACAAAAUAUUUUCCAUGCCCACUGACAACACUAUUAAGAUCUGGGAUCUGGAGACCAAGAGCUGCUUGUUUACCGCCUCCUCCAAAGCCAGCGGUACUCGGGGCCAGCCCGGGGCCUGCCUCUAUCUCCCCGGCCCCAGAGCCCUGUGUGUGGCCACGGACACCGUCGCCCUCCUGCACCUGAGGCUGAGAUCUCCCCUCGAGCCUCACCCGGUGGUUUCCCACAAGGAGCCCGUGGUGUGCUGCCAGUACAACCCCCCCUUCAGUGGGGAUGAUCGGGGACAUCACAGCCCAGACACGUCCUCUUCAUGUGCACGCUCACUUGAGCUGCACUCCCACCAGUGUCUCCAGGCUACUUUUCCCAACUUCCUGAUACCGGUGGUGAAAGUAUGGGACUUUGAAACAGGAAUACUGUUGUCUGAUUUUACUGAGGCUCAUGGCAAUGCUGGAAUCCAUUGUCUGACCUUUGACCCCAGUGGAAGAGGGCUAGUUAUUGGGGGCAGAGAUGGCUGUCUGAAAAUAUGGAGCUACAACGACGGACAUUGUCUUCACACCUUGAAACAUGAUGAAAAGCAAAGUGAAGUCUGUGAUUAUACCUACUUGGAGGUAAGCCAAAAUAAGUGUAUCAUAGCUGUUGGAUGGGAUAGAAGAAUAAAUGUGUACUUUGACACACCAUGUGACUUUCGUCACUUCCGGAAGCCAUAGCCACAUUGGCAGGAUGACUUGAACCACGGGCAAAAGGAGGACAUCCUCUGUGUAGCUCAAUGCCCGCCUAUUCUCCUUGCCACCUCCAGCUACGACGGGGAGAUUAUCAUUUGGAAUGUCAUCUCAGGGCAUAUGCACUGCAAGCUGAAUACCCCCAGCCCCUCUGAUGGCGCAGAAGAUAGAGAACAUAGGGGCCCGGACAGAAGCGUUUCCUGCCUCACCUUCCUGAAGUCGAGGGAAGCCAACUUGGAAUCAGCCGCCACUGCCCUAAUGGCCAACGGGCCCCGAGCCCGACCCGGCCCUGCCCUGAAGCUUCAGGCCUGUCGCCACCGGGUGCCCUCGGACGCUUCUGUCCACCCUCCACCCUGGGCGUUCCUCGCUUCUGCUUUCCCUGAUGGGAGCACAGGGCCGCCCCCCCGGGAGAAGAGGAGGAUCCCACAGUCUGGAGAUUUAGGGAGCUCCCGAGAGGAAGAGCCCAGAGACAAAGCCUGGGUCAGCAGCAUGGCGGUGACAACAGGGGACGCCUGUGCCUACGUGUCUGACCAGGACGGCUUUGUACACGUCUACGACAUCGAGGAGUAUGGUCUGCAGGGGCCAGAGCCGCAGCCUUCCAAGAGCAGUUUGGAGCUGAUAGAAGAAGAAAAGGUUCUGCUGUCAUCCUCCCUGGACCGUACCGUGCACCUGUGGAGCACAGACGGGGAGUACAUCGGAGUCCAGUGCAGCCCCUGUGACCUCCUGAGGGGCUGGGCUGGGGGCCAGGGCCUGGGGCUCCCAAAGCUGGGAGCGUCCGGGGCCGCCCUUGGAGCAGAGCAAGCCUGCCCGGGGGGCACCUGCGCUGGGGGUGCCCAGCAUCACCAGAUCCUCUGGUGCCACAAGGUUGCCCGCGUGUCAGCUCUCAGGGAGAAGCCGCAUUUGUCCAUCCUCGGCGCAGAUCUGACCGACAGGGUCCGUGAGCCUGACGACCCUGGCACGAGUGACCUGCCAUCACUAAUGAAGUCUAGUCAGGACCCCGGUCUCUAA